AGUCUACUGCCUUUAUUCACUGUAAUAUUUUUACAUUAAGUAUUUUUGUAACUUAAUAUCUGACAUUUUCAGUGUAAUAAUCAGUGUUUAUUGAAUUAUUUUCAGUGCCAUCUGUGUAAAGAAGUCGAGUCCAUCAGCUCUCAGCUUGGUGUGAACUCUGUGGAGAACUUCUUCUCUUGAUCUGAGGUCAACGUUCUACCUUCACUCCGAGGACACCUGUCAGCAGCCAUGCUGACCUAGAAUCAGCUGUUAGUUUAUGCAGUGAGCUGAAUAAUCCAGAGACAGAGAUCAUGUCUGACAACCAGGCCAACAACAACAACGUCCCUCUGAACAACAACAACAACAUGGGACCCAACAGGAUUCGAAACCCCAACAUCAACCAGAACCCCCUCAUCAACGUCCGUGACCGCCUCUUUCACGCCCUCUUCUUCAAGAUGGCCGUCACAUACGCCCGACUGUUCCCUCUGUCCUUCAGGAGGGUCUUUGAGUUCUUCGUCUUGCUCAAGGCGCUCUUCGUCCUCUUCAUCCUCGCCUACAUUCACAUCGCCUUCUCUCGCUCGCCCAUCAACUGUCUGGAGGUGGUGAGGGAGCGCUGGCCUCGGGACGGCAUCCUGCGGGUGGAGAUCCAGAGGAACUCCAGCCGAGCCCCGGUCUUCCUGCAGUACUACGACUCCACGGGCCUCCAGGAGGAGCUGGAGGCUGAGGAGGGAGGAGGAGGACCGAGAGGAGUGGUGGGGCUCAGCCUGGCAGCACUGCAGGAGGAGGAAGACGACGAGGAGGAGAUGACCCUGGAGAUGUUUGACAACAGCUCAGUGCAGUUUAAGCUUGACAUUGAGCCUCGUCUGAAGCCAUCUCUGAUUGGAGGAGGUGUUGGAAGAGGAGGAGCAGGAGUGAACGACAGCCAGGACGUCUCCUUCAGCCAGGCCACUAAAGGUAUGCAGCCGCUGAAGGACUCAGUGUCUGAGCUGGAGAUGAUGACCAGAGCAGUGUGGCCUCAGGAGGAGUACAUCGUGGAGUAUUCUCUGGAGUACGGCUUCCUGCGUUUGUCUCAGACCACCAGACAGAGACUCAACAUCCCUGUCAUGGUCGUUACUUUGGAUCCCAUGAAGGACGAGUGUUUCGGUGACGGCUUCAGUCGCUUCCUGCUGGACGAGUUUUUGGGUUACGAUGACAUCCUGAUGUCCAGCGUGAAGGCGCUCGCAGAAAACGAGGAGAACAAAGGGUUCCUGAGAAAUGUGGUGUCUGGAGAACAUUACCGCUUUGUCAGCAUGUGGAUGGCCAGAACAUCCUACCUGGCCGCCUUCGUCAUCAUGGUCAUAUUCACUCUAUCAGUGUCCAUGCUGCUCAGAUAUUCUCACCACCAGAUCUUCGUCUUCAUCGGUCAGUUUAAUCUGAGACCUCACUUCCACACAGAAAUCGGUCCACACCAGUUCAUUGUUCAGUUCAGUCCAGUAUAAUCCA